GUAUUCUUGGUAUCCUGUCAUGGUGGGGCGUCGACCUGGAUCCAAUAACCAUGGCCGCAAUGAUUAUUUCCAUUGGUUUCAGUGUCGAUAUACCAGCACAUGUUUCCUAUCACUACUAUAAAGCAUGUAAGAAAUUUAGUAUCUCAAGGACCUCUACACCUCAAAAAAAUGGCACCAAUUCCAGGAUUUCUGUUCCAUCCAAUUUGUUACAAAAGCUUAUGUAAUU